ACAGAGACAGAAAAGGAAUGCAUAAAAUGGACUAUUUCUCUGUUGAAUUUCUUGGGUUUAAGUGAAUAUCGAGUUUCUCAACAGAAAGCACAAGUAGUGCAAGAAGAAGUAAUAUAUCUGGGAUAUGAAGUUUCCAGAGGACAGCGAUCCUUAGGAACAACAAGAAAGGAAGCCAUCUGCCAAAUGCCUAGACCAGAAACGGUGAGAGAUCUGCGCGCCUUUCUGGGAAUGACAGGUUGGUGUCGACUAUGGAUCUAUCAGUAUGGGAUACUCGCCAAACCACUAUAUGAUUUGCUAAAAGGAACUAAGAGUAUCCUACUCUGGACUCCCGAAGCAGAGGGAGCCUUUAAGAAACUGAAACAGGAGUUGUAAAUAGAGGAAAAUUCCUAAAUAAAGGAAACCUGUAGAACUGAAGUAUAUUGCUGGUUAGCUGUGAGUAAGCAAUGUUCUUGAGUUGCCAGUGGAAUGGGUAUCCACCUUCAACAUCUGGCAAUUGUCCUUACUCUCAAAGGAGGCUAUCAAGGGGCUAUCUGUGAGAGGACUCAAACUUGCUGGGUUUAUAGCCUUUGAAGUCAGGCAGACAGAAGGAUUUUCUUGACUGGGCUGUGGGUGUCUUCACCUUUUGCAGGCCCGUUGAAAACUACAGGCAAAGGGUGCAGUGAAUGGUAAUUGUGACUGUGUGUGCUGAAGCCUCAGCUGAACCAAGAGUGUGAUGCUCUUUCGAAAGAGUUACUGGCUGCAGCUUAUAUCAGGAAGCCAUUUUUAAAGAUUAAUGUUAUAAAUGGGGGGGCUCUUUUAUAGUACAACCUUUUCAAACAAGGUUGGCAUUAACACUUAUUGCUUGGGUUCUCUGUAUUCCUUAAGGACAAAUAUUUGUGCAAUUUUGUGAUUCUAUAAAGUGUGAUGCUGUCCCUUUGAUUCUACAGAGGACAUGUGGAAAUACUACAUCACUUUUUGCUUAGAGAGGUAUAACAGGAAAACCAACAGUGACGGAUUAAAGCAAAAGAGGCUGGAGAGGACACUAAGUGUGUUCAGCAAAGCUCAUGAGUCCAGUUUGCUGCCAGAAGCUCUCUAUAAGCAGUGGCUUCAACUAUUACUGGAAUCCAACCUCUUUGAGAAGGCUGUGGAGGUGGCAGAAGCUGCAACAAAGCGCUUCAGCCUGUCAGUGGAGUAG